AUGGAGGCCGAGGCAGGCGGCCUGGAGGAGCUGACGGACGAGGAGAUGGCGGCGCUGGGCAAGGAAGAGCUAGUGCGGCGCCUGCGGCGGGAGGAGGCGGCGCGCCUGGCGGCACUGGUGCAGCGCGGCCGCCUCAUGCAGGAGGUGAAUCGGCAGCUGCAGGGCCACCUGGGCGAGAUCCGCGAGCUCAAGCAGCUCAACCGGCGUCUGCAGGCAGAGAACCGUGAGCUGCGCGACCUCUGCUGCUUCCUGGACUCGGAGCGCCAGCGCGGGCGGCGCGCCGCACGCCAGUGGCAGCUCUUCGGGACCCAAGCAUCCCGGGCCGUGCGCGAGGACCUGGGCGGCUGUUGGCAGAAGCUGGCCGAGCUGGAGGGCCGCCAGGAGGAGCUGCUGCGGGAGAACCUAGCGCUUAAGGAGCUCUGCCUGGCGCUGGGCGAAGAAUGGGGCCCCCGCGGCGGCCCCGGCGGCGCCGGGGGCUCAGGAGCCGGGCCAGCACCCGAGCUUGCCUUGCCCCCGUGCGGGCCCCGCGACCUAGGCGAUGGAAGCUCCAGCACUGGCAGCGUGGGCAGUCCGGAUCAGUUGCCCCUGGCCUGUUCCCCCGAUGAUUGAAGGCACUGCUUCCUCCACGCCGACGCCCGCCCGGAUUGCUCCCCGAGCCCCGGGACUGCUGUGGACCUCGGGACCUGGACGCCGUCCUGGCUGCGCAGGAGGGGCCGCUGGCAUGGACUAAGAAAUCCUGACACCAAGAAGGGCCCCUCGCUCUUGCUGGCAGGGCAGCAGGGGGACUGAAGGCUGGAGCGGAGGGACUUGCUGGGGGUUGGAUUGGGGGUAAUAAACCCGGACGGAAGCGGA